GACUGGCUGUGUGCAAAUGAAUCUUUCCCUCUGGAGUAUCACUAGUCACAACACAUGGUUGAUGCCCACUCUUCCCGCUUCCGUUUCUGAAAGCUUAUAUAGAAGCAAAUAAAUCAAGAAAAUGGCCAAGUCGAAGAAUCACACAAAUCAUAAUCAGAAUCGUAAAGCUCAUCGUAAUGGCAUCAAGAAGCCUAAAAGGUACAGACACGAAUCCACGCUUGGUAUGGACUUGAAGUUUCUGAGGAAUCAGCGCUUUGCCAAGAAGCAUAAUCUUAAACCAAAGGCUCAGUUAAAGAGGGCAGAGCAGCGCAAAGCUCUUCGUGAAGCUAAGAAUAAGAAAUAAAUUUGUAAACUAUAAUGUGAUUUUAUUAAAAUACAUUUAAAAAAAACAUCUCUUUUACUCCCUACAUUUCUGUAUCUUUA